AUGGCGGGCCGCAAGUCCACGCCGCUCCACUUCGCCGCCGGUUUUGGAAGGAAGGAUGUUGUAGAGCACUUGCUACAGACAGGAGCCAACGUUCAUGCUCGUGACGACGGAGGGCUGAUACCCCUUCACAACGCCUGUUCCUUUGGUCAUGCUGAAGUGGUUAGUCUGUUACUGUGUCAAGGGGCAGACCCAAAUGCUAGAGACAAUUGGAACUACACUCCUUUGCAUGAAGCUGCUAUCAAGGGGAAGAUAGAUGUGUGUAUUGUGCUGCUGCAGCACGGAGCUGAUCCAAACAUUCGGAACACAGAUGGGAAAUCUGCGCUGGAUUUGGCAGACCCUUCAGCAAAAGCUGUACUCACAGGUGAAUACAAGAAGGACGAACUCCUGGAAGCUGCUAGGAGUGGUAAUGAAGAAAAACUGAUGGCUUUAUUGACUCCUUUAAAUGUGAACUGCCAUGCAAGUGACGGGCGUAAGUCCACUCCUUUACACCUAGCAGCAGGCUACAACAGAGUUCGAAUAGUCCAACUUCUGCUUCAGCAUGGUGCAGAUGUGCACGCAAAGGACAAAGGUGGUCUUGUGCCUCUUCAUAAUGCAUGUUCAUAUGGACACUAUGAGGUUACAGAGCUGCUGCUUAAGCAUGGCGCCUGUGUGAAUGCUAUGGACCUCUGGCAAUUUACCCCUUUGCACGAGGCUGCUUCCAAGAACCGUGUAGAGGUCUGCUCCCUCCUGCUGAGUCACGGCGCAGAUCCCACGCUAGUCAACUGCCACGGCAAGAGUGCGGUCGAUAUGGCUCCAACGCCUGAGCUAAGGGAGAGACUGACCUAUGAAUUCAAAGGACACUCUUUACUGCAAGCAGCCAGAGAGGCAGACCUAGCCAAAGUGAAAAAGACACUUGCUUUGGAGAUCAUCAAUUUUAAGCAGCCACAGUCGCAUGAGACUGCAUUGCACUGUGCUGUGGCCGCUGUGCAUCCCAAGCGGAAGCAAGUUACAGAACUAUUGCUCAGGAAAGGAGCAAAUGUUAAUGAGAAAAACAAAGAUUUCAUGACACCUUUGCAUGUUGCAGCUGAAAAAGCUCAUAAUGAUGUCAUGGAAGUUCUGCAUAAACAUGGAGCAAAGAUGAAUGCACUGGACACACUUGGUCAAACAGCGUUGCACAGGGCUGCGUUAGCAGGUCACUUGCAAACCUGCCGCCUCUUGCUGAAUUACGGCUCCGAUCCCUCCAUCAUCUCUUUACAAGGCUUCACAGCAGCACAGAUGGGAAAUGAAGCAGUGCAACAGAUUCUAAGUGAAAGUACACCUGUGCGCACAUCUGAUGUGGAUUAUCGGUUGUUAGAAGCAUCCAAAGCUGGAGACUUGGAAACUGUGAAGCAACUUUGCAGCCCUCAGAAUGUGAAUUGUAGAGAUUUGGAAGGCCGUCAUUCAACGCCACUGCACUUUGCUGCAGGAUAUAACCGCGUAUCAGUGGUGGAAUACCUGUUGCACCAUGGGGCAGAUGUGCAUGCCAAAGAUAAAGGUGGUUUAGUACCCCUGCACAAUGCCUGUUCUUAUGGACACUACGAAGUGGCUGAACUCUUAGUGAGGCACGGUGCUUCUGUCAACGUGGCAGACCUGUGGAAAUUCACUCCUCUACAUGAAGCAGCAGCAAAAGGAAAAUACGAAAUCUGCAAGCUGCUUUUAAAACAUGGAGCUGAUCCAACAAAAAAGAAUCGAGAUGGGAACACUCCUCUAGAUUUGGUGAAAGAAGGAGACACAGAUAUCCAGGACUUACUGCGAGGAGAUGCUGCCUUGCUAGAUGCUGCCAAGAAGGGGUGCCUGGCACGAGUGCAGAAACUAUGUACUCAAGAAAACAUCAAUUGCAGAGACACCCAGGGAAGAAAUUCAACACCGCUACAUCUUGCAGCUGGUUACAACAAUUUGGAAGUAGCUGAAUACCUUCUUGAGCAUGGUGCUGAUGUUAAUGCCCAGGACAAAGGAGGAUUAAUCCCCCUACACAACGCAGCGUCCUAUGGGCAUGUAGAUAUAGCAGCACUGUUGAUCAAAUACAAUACAUGCGUAAAUGCAACAGAUAAAUGGGCAUUCACACCAUUGCAUGAAGCUGCACAAAAAGGAAGGACACAGCUCUGUGCUCUGCUGUUAGCUCAUGGAGCAGAUCCAACCAUGAAGAAUCAAGAGGGUCAGACGCCACUAGACCUGGCAACAGCUGAUGAUAUCCGAGCUUUGCUGAUAGAUGCGAUGCCUCCAGAAGCUUUGCCUACAUGCUUUAAGCCUCAAGCUACUGUUGUUAGUGCCUCCCUGAUCUCACCAGCAUCUACGCCGUCCUGCCUCUCCGCUGCCAGCAGUAUAGAUAACCUCACUGGGCCACUGGCAGAACUAGCCGUAGGAGGGGCAUCAAAUGCUGGUGAUGGAGCAGCAGGAACUGAGAGGAAGGAAGGAGAAGUUUCUGGUCUUGACAUGAACAUUACCCAGUUCCUAAAAAGCCUGGGUCUUGAACACCUUCGGGACAUCUUUGAGACAGAACAGAUAACCCUGGAUGUAUUGGCAGACAUGGGGCAUGAGGAGCUUAAAGAAAUUGGGAUCAACGCAUAUGGACACCGCCACAAAUUAAUAAAAGGUGUGGAGAGACUUCUAGGAGGGCAGCAAGGCACCAAUCCUUAUUUGACUUUCCACUGCGUGAGUCAGGGGACCAUUCUCCUUGACCUUGCUCCUGACGAUAAGGAGUAUCAGUCCGUAGAAGAGGAGAUGCAAAGUACAAUCCGGGAGCAUCGGGAUGGUGGAAAUGCUGGUGGAAUCUUCAACAGGUACAAUGUCAUCAGGAUUCAAAAGGUUGUGAACAAGAAGUUGCGGGAGAGAUUCUGUCACAGACAGAAGGAGGUCUCAGAGGAGAAUCAUAAUCAUCACAAUGAACGCAUGUUGUUUCAUGGGUCUCCUUUUAUCAAUGCUAUCAUUCACAAAGGAUUUGAUGAAAGGCAUGCAUACAUUGGAGGAAUGUUUGGAGCUGGAAUUUACUUUGCCGAGAACUCCUCAAAAAGCAACCAAUAUGUGUAUGGGAUAGGGGGAGGAACAGGCUGUCCCACACACAAAGACAGGUCCUGUUAUAUCUGCCACAGACAAAUGCUCUUCUGUAGAGUGACCCUUGGAAAAUCCUUUCUUCAGUUCAGCACAAUGAAAAUGGCUCAUGCCCCUCCAGGGCACCAUUCUGUUAUUGGCCGGCCAAGCGUCAAUGGACUUGCAUAUGCUGAAUAUGUUAUCUAUAGAGGAGAACAGGCAUACCCAGAAUAUCUCAUUACAUACCAGAUUGUGAAGCCGGAAGCUCCCUCACAGACAGCAACAGCAGCAGAGCAAAAGACCUAGUAGCUACAGAGCAGUGAAGAAGGAUGUGACUUCAAUCUUGGACUGGAUGGAUACGUGUUUCAGAAAAUCAGUAUCAUAUAAAAUCCUUAACAACCUGGAAAUAAGCUGUAUGUCUUUUAUAAAGCAUUGGUGUAUUGA